UAUCUCUGGAAGCUUGUUGCUAUCUAUACAAUCACCGAAGUUUGGGGGUCUACUCGUUAGAACAUACUUGGUAACAAGAAGACCGAAAGCAAGACACAGAUCAAGAUAUCUUCAAAACAAACACCAACAGUAUACAGACCCAUACCAACUCUCUACUCUCUACUUCAACAACCCUACACCAAUCCAACGUCACCCAACUCAACCCCAUCCACCCAAAGCCAAACCUCGCCAUCCAACCUCCCACUACGGGAAGAAAAUGUGCUUCCUCGAAGUCGACGAGGGCAAAGGCCCCUGUAUCCGAGUCGUUGAAUACAGAAAUCCGCCUAUGCGCGUCUCAGUCCCGCCCCCCUCUCACCGUCGCCGUCGCAGACAUAGCAGCAGCAGCAGUAGCUCCAGUUCCAGUUCCAGUUCCAGCAGUAGUGACAGCCACGACCCAACGAGCCUCUGCCCUCCGCGACAUUCUCAUUCCCAUCACUGCGAGUCUCCGCGAUCGUCUUAUACUACUGUGUCGAGACGGAGGAUUCGCACAGUGGAAGAAUCGCUUCCGAUUUCAAGAUGGAAGGGAUGGUGGCUUGGGAGUCGGGAUUUCUUACCUGAGCGAAGGUGUGUGGAGUAUAUUGAGCCUGAAGUUAGGGGAGUGAGAGUGAGGGAGAGGGAGAGGGAGAGGGAGAGGAGGAGACCUAUGUGGGAGGAGGAUGUGGAGUAUAUUCGGGUAUAGAAAUUGUUAGAUGAUCUCGGAGUUGGGAGUUAGGGUUUGGG